CUGUCUGAUCCUGGAGGAGGUGUCCUGAUGAUCCUCUGACGUCUGUCUACCUUGGGCAGUGGGAAGCAGAUGGCAAUGUCCCAGACACAGGACUACGAAUGCAGAAGCCACCAUGUUGAUGGCCAGGAGCCCAGGAUUCCAGGGUCGAGCACCAGGCUGGAGUGGGUGGAGAUCAUCGAGCCGCGCACUCGCGAGCGCAUGUACGCCAACCUGGUCACCGGCGAGUGUGUGUGGGACCCGCCGGCCGGCGUGCGCAUUAAGCGCACCAGCGAGGACCAGUGGUGGGAGCUCUUCGACCCCAACACGUCGCGCUUCUACUACUACAGCGCCGCCUCGCAGCGCACGGUGUGGCACCGCCCGCAGAACUGCGACAUCAUCCCACUGGCCAAGCUGCAGACGCUGAAGCAGAACACCGAGUCCCCGCGCGCCUCGGCCGACAGCAGCCCGGGGCGCGGCAGCACCGGCUCCUCGCUGGAGCCCGAGCCCGAUGCCACAGCCUCCGCCGAGAGGGCCCAGGAGCUGCCGGCCAGGGCUGCUCGGCCGGCGGCGCUGGGGACCGCAAAGGAGGAGAGCUGCAGUUCCCCACCACCAGGCAUGCUCCUGGAGAAGGACUACGAGGUAUACCGGGAGUAUGGUGCAGAUGGCCAGCUCCUUCACUACAGGACCUCCUCACUUCGAUGGAAUUCGGGCACCAAGGAACGCAUGCUCAUCAAAGUCGCAGACCGAGAGCCCAGCUUCCUCACCCCUCAGGGCAAUGGCUACUCCCUGGAUGGCCAGCCUGGGAGCCGCCCCCGCAGACCCUCUGGCAGCCAGCACUCGCCCAACCUGCAAACCUUUGCCCCUGACUCAGAUGGCACCAUCUUCUUUCCUGAGAGGCGGCCCUCACCCUUCCUGAGGAGGGCCGAGCUCUCUGGGAGCUGCUCACCCUUGCUUACGCAGCCCCGAAAGCCCUCCAGCGACUCACAGCCCUCCUCCCCACGCUAUGGCUAUGAGCCCCCGCUCUACGAGGAGCCCCCAGUAGAGUAUCAGGCCCCCAUUUAUGACGAGCCUCCCAUGGAUGUGCAGUUUGAGCCUGGCAGCCCCUACCAGGCCAGCUCGCCACAGAGGUCACCAGGCCGUAAGCCCCGCCCAUUCUUGCCAGCGGCCAAGCAGACCCCCACCUCCCCUUGCCAGCAGCUGGUGCGCACCAAGCAGAAGUGUGCUGAACGCUUCCUGAGCCUGGAGUAUAGCCCCGCAGGCAAGGAGUAUGUGCGGCAGCUGGUGUACGUGGAGCAGGCCGGCUCUAGCCCUAAGCUACGUGCGGGGCCCAGACACAAGUAUGCGCCCAACCCUGGUGGUGGCUCCUACUCCCUGCAGCCCAGCCCCUGCUUGCUGAGGGACCAGCGCCUGGGGAUCAGGUCUGGAGAUUACAGCACCAUGGAGGGGCCUGACCCCCGGUCUGGCCAGCCGUCCACACCACUGCCCCAGGCCCAAGAGGAUACCAUGUCCUGGUCUAGCCAACAGGACACGAUGUCCUCCACAGGCUACUCCCCAGGCACACGGAAGAGGAAGAGCAGAAAACCCUCUCUGUGCCAAGUCCCCAGCGCCUCCUCCACUGAUGGCCCUGGGGACCUGCUAGGUGAGCAGCCCCUGGCUGAGGAACGCUCCCCAUGUGGGCCCAGCCUUGCUCAGAUGAGGCGUGCAGAGGCCGAGGUGGACGUGGCACGAGGCACAGCUGAGCCCUUCCUGGCGCAGGCACGGCUGGCCUGGGAGGCACAGCAGGCCCACUUCCACACAAAGCAAAGGGGCAGCUGGGACUCCCAGCAGGAUGGCUCUGGAUAUGAGAGUGAUGGCGCUGUGCCUCUGCCCAUGCCUGGGCCUGUGGUGCGGGCCUUCAGCGAGGAUGAGGCACUGGCUCAGCAGGACAGCAAGCACUGGAAGCGGAGCACCUUUGAGAAGCUUGGCUUCCCCCAGAUCCUGCUGGAGAAGAGCGUGUCCGUGCAGACCAACCUGGCCUCACCGGAGCCUUACCUCCAUCCCUCACAGUCUGAGGACCUUGGUGCCUGUGCCCAGUUUGAGAGCAGCCGGCAGAACCGCAAUGCAGUGCCCAGCUCUAGCUGCGUCUUUCCCACCUUCACACUGCGCAAGCCCUCCUCAGAGACGGACAUCGAGAACUGGGCCUCCAAACACUUCAACAAGCACACCCAGGGUCUCUUCCGGCGGAAAGUGUCCAUUGCCAACAUGCUGGCCUGGAGCAGUGAGUCCAUCAAGAAGCCCAUGAUUGUGACCAGUGACCGGCAUGUGAAGAAGGAGGCCUGCGAGAUCUUCAAACUGAUCCAGAUGUACAUGGGUGACCGGCGGGCCAAGGCAGACCCACUGCAUGUGGCCCUGGAGAUUGCCACCAAGGGCUGGAGUGCACAGGGCCUGCGGGACGAGCUGUAUAUCCAGCUGUGCCGGCAGACCACUGAGAACUUCCGCCUUGAAAGCCUGGCUCGAGGCUGGGAGCUCAUGGCCAUCUGCCUGGCCUUCUUCCCCCCCACACCCAAGUUCCACUCCUACCUGGAGGGCUAUAUCUACCGGCACAUGGACCCCGUCAAUGACACCAAAGUGACACAGCACAUAAAAGAGCUUCUGGAAAGGAACAGUAAGAAGAAGUCCAAACUGAGAAAGAAACCCAAGCCUUAUGUUGAAGAGCCGGAUGGGGUGGCGAUAAGCACCUACGCCAAGUACUGCUACCACAAGCUGCAGAAGGCAGCCCUGACAGGGGCCAAGAAGGGGCUAAAGAAGCCCAACGUGGAAGAGAUCCGGCAUGCUAAGAACGCCGUGUUCAGCCCAUCCAUGUUCGGCAGUGCACUGCAGGAGGUUAUGAGCAUGCAGAAGGAGCGCUACCCUGACCGGCAGCUGCCCUGGGUACAGACGCGGCUCUCUGAGGAAGUGCUGGCACUCAACGGUGACCAGACAGAGGGCAUCUUCAGGGUCCCUGGGGACAUUGAUGAGGUGAAUGCCCUGAAGCUUCAGGUGGAUCAAUGGAAGGUGCCUACAGGCUUGGAGGAUCCCCACGUCCCUGCGUCGCUGCUGAAGCUGUGGUACCGGGAACUGGAAGAGCCUCUGAUCCCGCACGAGUUCUACGAGCAGUGCAUCGCGCACUACGAGAGCCCGGAGGCCGCCGUGGCCGUGGUGCACGCGCUGCCGCGCAUCAACCGCAUGGUGCUGUGCUACCUCAUCCGCUUUCUCCAGGUGUUUGUGCAGCCAGCCAACGUGGCCAUCACCAAGAUGGAUGUCAGCAACCUAGCCAUGGUGAUGGCGCCCAACUGCCUGCGCUGCCAGUCGGAUGACCCGCGCGUCAUCUUCGAGAACACGCGCAAGGAGAUGUCCUUCCUGCGCGUGCUCAUCCAGCAUCUGGACACCAGCUUCAUGGAGGGCGUGCUAUAG